AUGACCAGAUAUGUCGAAGUUUGUACUGAUACUUGCUGCAGAGAGAGUUCUUCACUGCUGUUACCCCUUGUUAGUGGCGUUGUUCCACCCCGAGAUCCAUAUCCCAGUGAACCGACCCGGACUUACGAUGAAAUUUGCGCCACGACCGGGUUCCCGGAAACGUUCGCUACAGACGCGUUCCGGAAGGGGGCGACACCGGCUGCAGUCACAACGGACCAGAGGAAUGCCCAAUUUCAACAGCCCGGCGGUGUCCUCAUGGUGUACGGGUUGGAUCCUUUGAGGACUAACGCUGAUAAGUUAUUCAAUCUCAUGUGUCUCUAUGGAAAUGUCGCUCGGAUUAAAUUUCUGAAAUCGAAAGAAGGAACAGCCAUGGUACAAAUGGGAGACAGUGUUGCAGUUGAAAGGUGUGUUCAAAACCUCAACAACGUUGUAAUUGGAAUCACAGGAGCAAUCCCACUAACACAUCGCUCGAACAACAUCAACGAACAACAGCUUUUGGAUGAAGAAAAUGCAAAAGAGCAUAAACUACAGCUCGCAUUCAGCAAACAACCAUUCCUGAGUGAAGUUACAAAUCCUUAUCCAUUACCCGACAAAUCUCCAUCUUACAAACUUUACAUUAAUAAUAAAAAUAAUCGAUUCAUGAAUCCAGCGAUGGCGAGCAAAAAUAGGAUUCAACCGCCAAGUAAAGUGAUAUUAUGGGGUUAUGAUGUAGUUCCUCCAAAAGCAGUUAAGCUUUUUCCAAUGAAAUCUGAACGAUCGAGUUCUGGAUUACUUGAAUUUGAAAACACCACAGAGGCAGUAGCAGCUGUGAUGGCAUGCAAUCAUGCUGCCAUCGAGAGUCCAGGUAUGAAGUUUCCAUUCAUAAUGAAGCUGUGCUUCUCUUCAUCACGCAGCAUGACUAUUAGAAAUGGUGAUAAUAAUUCAAAUGAACCAGGAGAAAAAAUGCAAGAACACUAAUUAUUCACCCCUCCUAAUUUAACAAAUACAUAUCCUUUCCAUAUAAUAUUGUAAUCCAACAUAUUUAUUAUUGUUAAUGAUAAUUUAAGUACUUAUACGCGAUAUUGUUUGACAAUUUCUCUUGAAAGAAAAAACCGGUGAAUCUCGUUGACCAAUGUUAUUUUUUCAUUUGAUUUUUCAGAAAGUUGAAAAAUAUUUUUGUAAUCAUUACAAGUCAUUUAUAUUCAAAAACUUUUUUGAUUGACUAAAGAUUAUUGUUCAAUUACCUAACAUUACUGUAAACAUAUCUACUUACUGUAUAGUGAAGUUACAAAUUAUCUGUGUGUGACACAUUCACAAUUAGCGCUGUUCAACAUUUUACUUGCAACGAUUAGUGUUACGAUUUUUACAAAUUAGGCUAUUCAUAAGUAUAUUUGAACUUUAUUAAUCAUCAGAGAUUUGAUGAAAAAUAUUGAUUGAGUUAUUAGUUAUUUAAUUUCAUUUUGUUGUGGUAUUUAAAAUACAAAUAAGUUGAUGCUGUGAUGCCUUUGAAAAUAAAUCAAUCAAAGUAACAAGUGGCUAUUGCAUAACUUUCUUUAUAUUGACUGAUUACAAUUAUUUGGUCAAGACAAAGUGAUAUAAGCAUUGUGAGAAAAUAAUUUUUGGUUUAUGUGCUGUCAAAUUUCUUAUACUCAUUUAUGUACCAUUGUGUUACAAGAUUGAUUUAUUUCUGAGGGCAAGUGGAAAAUUUUCGAUUAAAGUUUUUUACAAGAUCACGAAAAGUCAAUAUGAAACAUAUUAUUAGAGUACACCAAUUCAUUCAAAUAGUUAGCGUUGCCAAUCUGAAAGAAUUUACAUAUUUUAGGUACAUAUCACUACAGUGACUAUUUUUUUGGGCUUUGUACUUCUGAAAAAUCAUAUCAAUCAAUGAAUCGGGUUGGCUCGAAUUAUUGCCUCUAGGUAGUAGCUGAUUGGAUAGAAUUUUCGUAUAAUUUUUUGACAUAAAAGCCUGCAGUUCAUCGAAACAGCUUCUAGCCGGAAAAAUAACGUCCUGUAGAACUAAAACUUGUGCUACUUUAGUUGAAUGUCUUCCUAACAUAUGGGCCUCAGUCUAGAUAUAAUCUAAUGUUUUUCAACUCGGGCUCAUUAUAUACUUAUUGAUGUCAAUAACAUAGUGUUUGUGUAUGACUAUUGAAACAUAUUAUGUGCAAUAAGUAUGCAAAACUUGGAUAGUUGACGUGUUCAAAAUUGUGGACAAAAUUAGAAUGCGUCUUCUCUUCAGUUUGUUCAUAAAAGACAAAUAGUUGAUUCAUAUCAUAUAGUAUUAUGUAGGGUAUAGAUUUUCGUUAUUUUCGCCCUGUCUUGCAUAUUUUUCCAAUGCAAUUAAAAUUGUUGAGCUGUAAUUUAGUCGUGGAAUUUAGUUGAUAGUCAUUAAAUAGAAAGUUAGAUUUUUAUUUGUUAGUAAUAAUUGCCAUUGCUGGUUAUUUUCUCUUCAGUCCAAUGCAGUAGUCUCCUUCUGCUGAUUAAAUCGCAGCCAUCUGGAAUUUUUUCUAGGACUUUGCUCAACAAAUCCGAGUGGAACCUUUUUAUAUUAAAUGUUGAAGUUUAUAA